CCUGUCUCUAUUCUGUUGAGUAUCUGCCUCUUUAAAAAGUGUGUGUAUGCAUAAAGCCAAAGCCACACUGCAAAGUGCUGGGGAAGCUUAGCUUUGCUGUGAAGCCCGACCCUUAGUGAAACCUAACUAGCUAGGCAAUCUGCAAUUCCUGAUUGACAGCAGGACUAGCAUUAUGCAAAUGGAGCCUGAGAGAAGAGCCGCUGGGGAACAGAACCGUGAUCUGGGGGCUCUGUUAGGGAUCUCUCUAUACACGCCUCCUCAAAAUCCAGUCGUCUUGCUUGUUGUUGGUUUUCCUUUCUCCUUUUUGCAGAGGUGGUGCAGCUUAAUAACCAAUAAAUGCCUCCCCUUCCCCAUAAAAAAGUUGUCCUUUUCUUGAGCAUGAAUAAAUCCAGUCUUUUAUGCAGUUCCUUUUUUUUCUAUCAGCAAAAGAGAUGUAUGUGUGUAAGCUCGUAAACUCAGGAUGAAUUGGGUAAUAUUUGGCAGGGUAACGUGCUAAUCUUUAAACCUUUAUGUUUUCAAUCCUGUUUAAAUGUAGGGGUUUUUUUGGCACAAAAGUGCCUGUGCGUGCGCACUACCCCCCUCUUCUCUUCUCCUUCAGUCUGAAGCCUUAUGUAGGUCAGGCUUGGCUUAACCAGAUUUCACGAACCUGCGUCAGCUUAAGCUGAAGGAAUUUUAAUAAACCCUCCCCUGUAGGCGUGGGCCUAAAUGAGACAAGCCUAGUUAAGCCUGAUCUUUCUUCUGUUUGUGAAAAAGAGCUGAGCAGAGCUAGGAUCUGUGUGGUGGUUUCAGGAACUGCUUAUUCUUCAGGCUGGAGAGGACGAUGGUUGGGAAGGCCAGAUCCUCGAAUUUCACUUUGUCUGAAAAGCUUGAUUUGCUGAAACUUGUCAAGCCAUACGUUAAUAUUCUCGAGGAACACACCAACAAACAUUCAGUCAUAGUGGAAAAAAACAAAUGCUGGGACAUCAUAGCUGAUAACUACAAUGCCAUUGGAGUUGACCGCCCUCCUCGCACUGCCCAGGGCCUGCGCACACUAUACAAAAGGCUCAAGGAAUAUGCCAAGCAAGAACUCUUACAGCAAAAGGAGACCCUUUGUGACUACAAAAGCUACAUCUCUGAACCGACUAAGAAAGUUGUGGAAAUGAUCCCUCAGAUUUCCACUGUGUGUUUGAGAGAGAGGAAUAAUCUGCCAUGUGCUACCCUGGUAAAAGAAACAGUUGCUACUACAAGUUCUCCUCAGCUAGUGUUGGAAUCCCAUCCUGCUGCCAUCACACUGGAACUGGACCCAGAAGAAGAGGAUGUGAAGCCACCGCCUUCACUAAUACUUGAAUUGCAAACACAGGAUAACUUGGAACAAAGAGAUCAGCAACAUAUGGUCCAUGUCAUGGAGAGAUCUCCAUCAACUUCCUUGUCUUCUGUGGAUAUAAGAAUGCUAUCUCCAUCGCCUAUCCCCAGGCGAGAUGAGUUUUUUAGGCUUGAAAGUGGAGAACGAUUUAGGCCAGCAUGUGGAGGGUAUGAUCCACAAAUGUUGCAAAUGCUAAAAGAAGAACAUCACAUAAUUUUGGAAAAUCAAAGGAAAAUUGGGCUCUAUAUCCAAGAAAAAAGGGAUGGGUUGAAAAGGAGACAGCAGCUGGAAGAAGAGCUUUUGAGAGCAAAAAUUAAAGUAGAAAAAUUAAAGGCAAUAAGAUUACGUCGUGAUCUUCCUGAAUUCAACAGUCUUUGAAUGUAAAGCAAUUCUGCUCCAUAAAACCGUGCAUAUUCUGUGUUUGAUUAGAAAAGAUCAAUUACUUCAUUUGGAUGGAUUAGAAGUGGAAGGAUAAAAGAAUUUAUCCUUUUUUUAAAAAAAAAUGGAUUUCAUUUAUGUUUGCAAGAAAUCAAAAGACAGUUUUCACUGGUUUUCCCAAAUGUUCAGAUCUCAAGGAAAACCUCAUCUAAGACUUAAAAAAUAAUCCUUUUUGAAAUCCUGUGAUCUUAAUACUGUUAGUAAAAGCCAUUGUUGAUUUAUGAAACUAUUGUAAAAAAUUCUGUUUAAUUUUUUAUUUCAUUUUUUUUCUGGGAACAAUUCUUAAGUACCCGUUUAAAAUAUUUAUUUGUGGGUAAAUAAAUAUAUGCAAAGUGGAGAAAAAGACUGCUCAUUUUUCCUUAUUUUAUAAGACAGUGGUAACUAGUAUUUUAUUAUGGCCUUAUGCUAUCAGGAAAAACAUGGAUAGAAAUAUCUACAUGUUGAGCUGAACUGUUGAAAUAUGAUUCUACAAUAUUUUAGAGUGUUAUAAUUCUGAAAUCAGUAAACAGUUUAGAAUAAAAAUACCUUUGACACUUUCUUCUUGUUUUUAUCAAACAUUCUGUAGUCCAGUUAAGAAUCAUGGGAGUCCAGAAGGGCAAGUUAAGGAAUGUUGUAUUAAUCUUUUUAUAUCUAGACAGCGCUCCGCAUUUUCAGUGUUGGUUUAUACCUGAUUUCUGUGCAUAGCCACCAGUGCAUAAUCCAUCUGAAUUAUGGAGGGAGCUGUGGGUAAUCAUAACAUGUCUUAAAAAGGAUAAAGAUUAUUGCCAUUUUGCUGGGGUAGUCAGCUGAUGUAAUGUGGAAUUGGUACACACAAUUCCUAUUGAGAAAUUAUGCAUACUCACACAAAUGCAGGUAUUGAUUGGUCCUUAUCCAAAUGUGUAAAAAUGCAACAUUUAGGGAUCAUUGGAAUGUGUCUGUGUCUGUCUGUCUGUCUGUCUAUUUAUCUAUCGUCUAUCUCUGCCUACGUACCUACCUAUCUACCUCCAUCCAUCCAUCCAUCCAUCCAUCCAUCCAUCCAUCCAUCCAUCCAUCCAUCUACAGUGACAUUCCAGGGAUAGAAUAGAGUAUUCCAUUAUUUUUUAAAAGUCUGUAAUUGAUUCAUCCAGAACUCUACUUUUUCCAUUUUGUUGCACAGAGCUUACCAUUUUUCAACCCAACAGAUAAUUACAAUUAUGUACUCACUUAACAUAUUUAAUCAUUAUUGUCCUUUGCUCUCUUUUGUUAGAAAUCGCCUUUCUUUCUGAAAUCAUCAGCAAAACUGAUUUCCCCCAAGCUUGCUGAUACUAGUAGUUUUCUUUCAGAUGAAUUUUAUUGUUUUGGCUACUUGCAAUGAAAUCAUAUUGUAUGCAUGCACACCCACCCACACCCACCCACACACCCUAUCAUUCUAUUCCCUUUCAGGGUAAGCAACAUAAUGCAAAGUGCAGAAAAGAGUAAACAAUAAAGAAAUUAAAUGCAAUGAACAAGAAAAAGAAAAGUAAAUAUUAUUCCAUCUCUAUUCACUAUACCUCUCCUUAUGUCUUGGUAUCUUGGUAUCCCUUUCUUUCAGUUUGUUCAUUCUUCCUUCACGUAUUUUUCCACAAUUUGAUCUUAAUUCAUUCUCUGUCUGUGACAGCCAUCUCAGAAUAGUUAGUUUUGUAUUGAUGUUCUUACUCAAUUCACAUUCUAGCAAUUGUUUUUCCCCAUUUAAUUCCCCCUUGCCUAUUGCAUUCAAUCUUUCUGUUUCUCCUGGCAUACCCAACUCUUUCUUUAUGUAACAAAGGAAUAAGAAGCAUACUUCUAUAAAUAGUCACUUUUGCUUCUUUUGACAAAUGUUCCUUACAGCAAACUACAUAGUACUCAUUCCAUCAAUUUUUGCCAUUUAUAACUUGUAAUUACCAUAUUUUUUGGAGUAUAAGAUGCUCUGGAGUAUAAGACACAUUAGAUUUUGGGGAAGAAAACAAGAAAAAAAAUCUGCCUCUGCCUUCUAGCAUCCAUUGGUAUUCAUCUGGCUAGCUUCCUUGCAGCAAACAGCAAACAGCCUGGUCAGCUUCAGCAUGUUAUUGCAGCCUCAUUCAGCACGAGCAGCUGAUUGGCGGUUGGAUCAGCUUCCUGGAAUACUGCCAAUCAGCUGUUCCAGGCUGCGGGGAUCACCACAGCCCAUCGCCACUUCCGCACGUUGUGUUUUUGGCCUCAGCGUGUUGUGUUUAUGGCCCCUGAAUGCUCCAUUUUAGAUCUGUCUCAGGCUGCCGGGAUCACCACAGCGUAUUGCUGCCGAUCACCACCUCCAUAUAUUGCGUUUUCAGUCUCCACGUGUUGUGUUUUUGGCCUCCGCAUGCCCCGUUUUUGGCCUCUGCAUAUUGCGUUAUUGCCUGUUCCAGGUGGCGGGGAUAGCCAUGCUGAUCCCCACCGCCUGGAAUCAGCCAAAAAUGCGAGUCGCGGAGGCAGCGAUCAGCAAUGUGCACAUGGUGGAUGUGGAGAGAGGGGAAGUGCAUCUUAUACUCCAAAAAAUAUGGUAUUCAUUCAAUUUCUAUUUCUUUAAGCUAAACUAGUUUAAUCUUUGCUAUAUUAAAUUUCAGAUCCAAAGUACUCGUUGCAUCAUACAAUCCAUAUAACUUUCAUGACAUAUCACAUAGGAGCUCAGCUAACACACUAUCACUUCCAUAAAAAGUCCAGCUAUGUUUAUCUUUCCAAUCAGUUCACCACAAAACAUCUCUAUAUCGCUAAAAUCUCAUUGGAUUGUUUGUAACCUUCAAUUGGGCCAAACAGUAAAUCAUAAGGCAAUGAUAUUUGAAUUAAUAUAUCUCAAAUAGACUAGCUUACAGAAUGCAUCCAAAAUCUGGAAUCGGUGACUCCAAUGGAAUUGAAAUUUUGCAAAGGUUGUGGCUGCUUGAGCACAACCUUUGCAAAGGCACAGCUGCACUACAGUGGUCAUCUACAACAGGGGUUCCCAAACCCUGAGCAGUGGCCUGCUUGAAACUGGGCGCUUGCGCUUGCGCUCAUGCGCAAAGCUCUACUUACAUGAGUGGCAGGUGCUUAUGCAAGCACACUCACACGUCACUAGCAACAAAUGGGGUUGUGCGUCCUCGCACACAUGCCUGCCACUCACACAUAACAUCCUCUCCCUGCCCCCUGUCCUGGGCUGCCAAACUGGAAAGGUUGGAGACCACUGAUCUAUGGUCAUGUACUUGCCAUUUCCAGUGCUCCCUGUCUGCUUCGUACAAAGAAAAUCAAUGGGGAAGCCAGCAGAAAGUCUGAAGUCACUCCCACUGCUGUAUUGCCUCUGUAGUCAUUUUGUUUCUCUGUUUAAGGAAAUACCUCUGAAAUUAUGAUCGAAUGGAUAAUGGAUUAUCUGAUUAUUAUUUUUAUAUAGUAGAUUUAUUUAUAAAUAUACUAAACAGUCCAGGGGAUAUCACAUUUUUUAUUACUUCCAUACUUUAUAUUCUCCAAUUAUACCAACUAUAAUAACAACGUUACAGGAUCUAUACAUUACUUUUCAUACAUUUUUUUUUCUUGAGCACUAACAUUUCUAUCACUAAUUUCAAUUCUACCCUUCAAUAUACCACUUUCAUUCCCUCACUGAUUUCUAAAUUGUUGCAUCCGAUAUUUCCUCACUUUAAUUUCAUUCCAAAUAUUAAUAUUACUUUUAUUUUCUAUCUGUCACAUUCAUUCUGUUGAAGGUUCCACUUCCAUAGCAUUAUUUUUUAAUUUCCAUUAACAUUGUUUUGCGUUUUUCUGCCUCUUUUAAUUAUUCUUUACUUUGUACAGUAUUUGAUGAUACCUCCUAUUUAUCCCUGGUUGUUGCUCUUAUAGUGAUGUAGGUAAUGAAACCAAGAGAACUGAAUAAGAAUUAAAAAAAAUGUUUAUUAAUCAAACAUGACACAAGUGUGUUGCUGAAUGUGUAUAUUAACUUGACUAUAUAGCAUAUGCCUACAAUAUGGGGAUGUAGCAUAUGCCUACAAUACCUUAAAGCAGCUGCUUCUUUCCCCAGAAUUGUUAUAACAUACAAUUCUGACAAUUGUUAAUUGUCCAAAUGAGUGUCUAGCCUCAAAUGUGUGCUAUGAAGAUGCACAUGAGACUCAGUGAAAAGGACUGGUUAAAACAUGUAUGUAUGUGUGUAUAUUUGUAUGUACAGUAUGUAUGUAUUUAUAAACUUGUAUGCCACCCAUCUCACCGAGGUAACUCUUACAGUCAUAUAAAUAAUAUAGCAUAUAAAAACUUAAUAAAUAAAAUCUACACAUUGAAAAAUCAAUUAAAUAUGGAUUAACUAAAUGGGAGGUCCACAGCUUGC